AUGGCUUUGCACACAACCCAGUUUGUUCCUGACCCCAGCUUGCCUGGCUUCCCUGACCUUAAGGAGUUCCAGUGGCUCACCCACCUGCCAGUCACUGGGCGUCUUGACAGUGCAACCCAGCACCAGAUGGCAGUGCCCAGGUGUGGGGUGAGGGAUGACAGGGGCCAGCAAGCCUGGGCACAGAGGGUCAACAGCAUCUUCAAUGGAGGUCUGACCAAACCUAACAGUGGGCAGCGUCUACGCAGGAAGCGCCAUAGCCAGCUAGCUGGGAGAUGGCACAAGCAUCACCUGACCUACCGGGUGGUGAACUGGCCUGGCCACCUCCCUCGGGGUCAGGUGGCCCUAGCCGCACGAAAGGCUUUCCAGCUGUGGAGCAACGUGUCGGCCCUGACCUUCAGAGAGGUCAUCCAGGGUUCAGCUGACAUUCGGCUCGCCUUCUACAAGGGGGAGCACAACGACGGCAUGGGCAAUGCCUUUGAUGGUCCAGGAGGCGCCCUAGCGCACGCCUUCUUCCCAUGCCGAGGGGAGGCUCACUUUGACAUGGCAGAGCGCUGGACACUGAACGGCUACAAGGGCCACAACCUGUUCAUGGUGAUUGCCCACGAGGUGGGCCACACGCUGGGCCUGGAGCACUCUCCUGUGCGCCAUGCUCUCAUGUCCCCCUACUACAAGAAGCUGGGGAAAGCCACGGUGCUGAGCUGGGAUGACAUCACUGCUGUACAGCAGCUUUAUGGGAAGCCAGAGAGUGGUCAGGUAAUCCAGUUGCCUGGUCAGGUGUUUAGCUCUGCCCUGCAGGACUGGGAGCUGUCUGAAGGGGGCACUGCGAAGCCUGAUUCCACCCCACCUCCUUACUGCAGGGGCUUCUUUGAUGCCAUCACCAUGGACCAAGAUGGUACCAUCCUAGUAUUCCGUGGGGGGCUGUUCUGGACUGCGUCUCCUGCUGGCCAGGCCAGCUCCCCUCUACCUCUGCAGAACCGCUGGCCAGGACUACCCCUCGCCAUUGAGGCAGCUGCUUACUCAAAGAUGGACAAUAAGUUCCACUUUUUCAAAGGUAGUCUGCACGUGAAGACACAAGUUGCUGCAUUGCAAUUUCACAUCUCACACCACAAGCACCUCAGCACCUUCCUCCUUGCGUCUCUUCCUCCAGGCAGACGAGUGUGGCUUUACUCCAGCAGCGGUAUGGACCCAGGCUUCCCCCUGCGGAGCAGUGAGCUAGGCCUCCCUGGACACCCUGACCAGGCCUUCUACUACCCCCACCUGGGCCACCUGGUAGUGUUCAAAGGCCAGCGCUACUUUGUGCUCAACCUUGGGACCCUGAGGCCCGAACCAUACUACCCCUGCAGCCUGGAGGACUGGAGGGGCGUCCCCCAGGGAGCCAAUGGGGCCCUCAGCCACCCUGAUGGACAGGUAUACUUCUUCAAGGAGCAGCAGUACUGGAGCUUUGAUCCAGAGAAGGUGCAGGUGACUGGAGGGGGGAGGUGGGACAUAGUGCUGGAGUGGACAGGCUGUCUCGGAACUCACCACAGAGGCAAUGAUAUACUGUGACCACAAGAGGAUGCUAACUAACUGAUUCAAGUGUUUGGUGAGGGUAAUGUGCAAUGGAUGUACUCAGACUAAGCAAUGACAGAAGUCAAGGGAUUUGUUUAUGUUCCCAUAUUUCUUAUGUUUAUACAGUAUUAUUAAAUUAAGAUUAAUAUUCCUACAUCCUCCAGUGAUCCAAUGUUUUUGUUUGUGCUUGUUUUGUUUUGUUCUAGACUGUAUUAAGAUAUUCUGUAUGAGUCAUAUCCCAUCUGUGGGCUAUAAAUUACAUGUGGCAUUUUGCACAAAUUAAUUAUGUGGAUGUUUUCUCUCUGACAAGUUGUUGUUGGAAAUGAAGUCUCUGGACUCUUUAGUAGAAUCUUGCGUUCAUAAAUACCUUUUGUAUUAUUAUUUUUAAUAAAAUACCACAAAUAUGA